UAUUUUAUUUAAUUAAUGUAGCUAUACCUCUCCUUUCCGAUUUUUAUUUGCCUUUGCCACCACUAUCCCCACAAUCUCAUUUCAUUCCUCUCUCAUCUUCCUUACACUUUUUCCUUUUUCAACCUCUUCCUACCCUUUCUAUUGAAGAAAAAUCGCCGUCAUGGCAGAAGAAGAGUGGGUUAAAGCGGCAAUCAUGGAUGACUCUCUGGUUGCAGAAUUACUGUUGGGUCUCAACCAGGGCAAUCUGUCUCCGUCUCCGUUUCCGUCCAAGUCAAAGAAGACUGGUUCACCGCUUGAGUGGACUGUGCGUCAACGCCGGUCUAAACCAGUUUCUGUGAAUGCUAAGAAGUCGGCUCCACGUGCUAGUCCGACUACUCCCUUGUCCUGGAGUGGUGCUACAUCUGUUAGUUGUGGAGGUGGCGGAGGUAGUGGAGGUGCCGUUGAUGGUGGCUGUGAAGAGUCUAGCGGAUCUCCUCCAUCCAAAACUCCCAGCAGCACGAGAUCUAAGAUUUUGCUGGACUCUCAGGUUAAUGGUACUAGUGAUGCUACCACCAGCAAGAGGUCAAGAAAGAAAAAGACAUUGACUGAGCUAAAAAUGGAGGAGAUGUUGCUAAUUAGGGAAAGAAAUCAAUUGAAGAAGGAAUUGACUUUAGCACACUCCAAUUUGGAGAAUGAGAGGAAAACAAAUCAAAACCUGAAAAGAAUGAAGCUUGAUUUGCACCCUCAGCAGGCAAAUGAAAGAGCAGCAACUGUUGUAUAUGAUGGGAGUUCGGGUCAGUAUCAGCAAGAGGUCCUACCAAGUUAUCCAGUCAUUCCCAUCUUACUGGAAAAAGUUGCUAACAAGGUUGCAGUAUUGCCAUCAUCUCUGGAGGAGCAGAAAGAUGUCUCAGCUCUGGAGUCUAAAUUUGUACUCCCAGACCUCAAUCUUCCAUUUGGCGAGGAUUCAGCACUGAAAUUCUUUGUGGGGUGAACUGAAAUACUUCUGCAUAACAGGGCAUCCUCCAACAAAGAAAGACAAGUAUAAUGAGAUACUAGUAAGGGCUAACCCUGUUAUAGGAUGAAUUAUGGAGUCAGUAGUAAGUAAGGACUUCCCUUCACCACUUGACACACAGAACUUGCCCAAGUGGAUUUUUAGUUAUGAAGGUACUGAGGGUAGUUAGGAUCUGUGAUUUUUCUUUGAGAAGAUGUGAACCAUAGGUUAGAGAUCCUAACUGACUAGUUGCAGUAAACAUUCUUUCUCUGACAGGUUUCUUCAGUGUCCGAUUCUUUGGGGCCAGCCCUCAUUCCUUCUUAGUUUCUCUCUGGAAAUAUAUACAGAUAAAAUGUAACUAUUUUAUAUAUUAGUCUAUCAUAUUACUUGAUACCAUAA